AUGUUGGCCUCGCCCUCUUCAAGUUCCAGCCCAGUUGGCACCGAACCACGACAAGAUGGAUACGUGGUAGAACCUCCACCUCCCCAGAGGACUUUAGAGGAUGUUCGCACCCAAGUGGCGGAGGAGGUAGCCCAUCGUGCCAUCACCAACGCGGAACAAAUAGACGGUGUUCGCAUCGGUGUUCAAUUUACGUUUACGAUGCGUGAAGAUGAACAGUUCUUACGAAUAGUGGAAGCCUGCAUCGCUCGCAGACUUCUUGGCAUGGAUUACCUCUUCGCCAUCGCUACGACAGGCAAGCCUGUGGUGGGAUCCAGUAAUUCCCUCAUCAUCUGCAGCUCCUCCGAGGACUACGUGCAGCGCGCUGUUCUGCUUGCUAGCUCCAAAUUUCUGGGCCGUGUCGAAGUUGUCUUCAAUCAUGGCAAAAUUUGGGUUGCAGCAGUACGAGACAUAGGCUCCUCGUUCGACGGCCUAGCCCUGUGGGAUGUAGUCAAGAAGUCAUCCCGGAGGACAAUAAACCCACUUCUGCCUCCACCAGGCUCGAGGAGUAUCGACCAAGUCCUUCAGGACGCUCGUGCGCAACUUGAGCGCAUCACACCAAGCGAGGCCUACGAGGAAUUGCGCCGCUGGGAAAUACAUGCUCCAACAUUCCUGGUAGACAUUCGCCCUGCAGCUCAGCGCGAGGCUGAGGGGGGCAUUCAUGGCUCGUUGAUUAUUGAACGCAACGUCCUUGAAUGGAGGUUGGAUCCACGGAGCGAUGCCCGACUGUCAAUAGCAGAUCGCUACGAUUUGAGGGUGAUUGUCUUCUGUCAGGAGGGAUAUACGUCCAGUUUGGCUGCAUACGCGCUGCAUGAACUUGGGCUAUUGAACGCAACAGAUAUCAUAGGCGGCUACAAGGCUUGGAAAGAGGCCGGUCUACCUGUAGACGUUCCUGAUGCGCAGCUCCUCCUCGGGGAGCCUGAGGAAGGCUGA